AUGGAACAGCAGUCCUGGAGCUGGAGCUCCGCGAUGGGCAACAAUUCCUCACAGGACGGCGAGACGCGGCAACGCAAUACGGCUGACCAACCGCCCCGAGCUGAGGACGCUGGCCGCCACGGCCCACGCACCUGUCGAAUCUGCUUGGAUACUGUAGAGCCGCAGUACGCCAACUCGUCGCAAACUGGCCAACCGACCUACAUUUCCGAUGACCCGUCCCUGGGCCGACUACUGUCACCCUGCAAGUGCAAAGGAACGCAGAAAUAUGUCCACGAGGGCUGUUUGCACGCUUGGCGGGCUGCCGGUCCGUCGCAGGAACGAAACUUCUGGCGCUGCCCGACGUGCGGCUACAAAUACCAACUUGCAAGAUUGGACUGGGCCUCACUUCUCAGCAGCAAGAUCACACAGGCUCUGCUCACUCUGGUGCUGUUCGCUUUUGGCAUUUUCAUCCUCGGCUUCAUUGCUGAUCCAGUAUUCAACUUGUGGCUCGAUCCCUUCGGCACUAUCGGCGACGCAUUGACCGCAGACGAAGACAACUGGGAUAUGCCUUUCGAGGAACCACCAACAUGGAUUGAACAUUUCAUCAAGGGUUUCUUCUCUCUAGGAAUUGUUGGCCUGGUCAAAUCGGCGCUCUUCAUGUCCCCUUGGCACUGGUGGCAGUUACGAGGUACAGGCCUGGGUGGCGGCGGCCGACGUCGCGGUACUGGCCGUAGUCGUGUUGAAAAUCUCAGCCUAAUGUUUGUUCUUUUGGGCGCAUUCGCGGCUUUGAAGGGUAUCUGGAAACUGGUACGCUCUCUCAGCGCGCGGGUGCUGUUGCACAUGCGAGACAGAGUCAUCGAUGUCGACGACUAA